UUUACAUCACCCGGCGGCCGGGGAGCGGGACGCGGCGCCGGCGCCCACCGCACACUCGCGGCGGGAGCAGCGGAGACUCCGCACGCGUCGUCUGCUAGUGGCUGGGGCGCGAGCUGGACCCGGGCCCCGAGAUCGGCCGCAGCGGAGGGGGCUGCGUUCCCCCUGCGGGUGCCCUGGCGACCCUGAGCACCCGAGACGCCAGGACCCGCGCGGGGCUCCGGGACAAGAUGCCAGCUGCUCCCCUGGCUGAUCCCGCAGGCUCCCACUCCAGGAAGAAUCCACUGGAGCUGAAAGAUGACCCAGACGCGGAGUGUCCCAUCCCGAAGCGAGCUCGAAGCGGGUCCCAGCCCAGGCCACCGCCCUGCCUGCUGCCCCCGAGCCCACCCCCUGCUCCGGACCGAGCUCCCACGGUGGCUCCUGCCUCCAGGCUUGGGCCAUAUGUCCUCCUGCAGCCCGAGGAGGACGGGCGAACCUACCGGGCCCUGCACUGCCCCACGGGCACUGAGCACACCUGCAAGGUGUACCCGGCCUGUGACUCCCGCGCCGUGUUGGAGCCCUACGCGCGGCUGCCCCGCCACGAGCACGUGGCMCGGCCCACCGAGGUCCUGGUGGGCACCCAGCACCUCUACGUCUUUUUCACUCGGACCCACGGGGACAUGCACAGCCUGGUUCGCAGCCGCCGCCGAGUCCCUGAGCCUGAAGCCGCUGCGCUGUUCCGUCAGAUGGCCGCCGCCGUGGCGCACUGCCACCAGCAGGGGCUGGUCCUGCGGGAUCUCAAACUGCGACGCUUCGUCUUCACCAACCGUGAGAGGACGAGGCUGGUGCUGGAGAACCUGGAGGACGCCUGCGUCCUGACGGGCCCCGACGACUCCCUGUGGGACAAGCACGCGUGCCCGGCCUACGUGGGGCCCGAGAUCCUGAGCUCGCGGGCCUCCUACUCGGGCAGGGCGGCCGACGUCUGGAGCCUGGGCGUGGCGCUCUUCACCAUGCUGGCCGGCCACUACCCCUUCCAGGACACCGAGCCUGCUCUGCUCUUUGGCAAGAUCCGCCGCGGGGCCUUUGCCCUGCCCCGGGGCCUCUCCGCGCCCGCCCGCUGCCUGGUGCGCUGCCUGCUCCGCCGGGAGCCCGCUGAGCGGCUCACGGCCCCGGGCAUCCUGCUGCACCCCUGGCUCCGCGGGGACCCCGUCGCCUCAGCCCCGUUCCGCACCCGUCUCUGGGAAGCUGACCAGGUGGUUCCCGAUGGGCCGGGGCUGGAGGAGGCUGAGGAGGAGCUGGGCGAAGGGGAGGUGGGUCUGUACGGCUAGGGCCACCGUCCUGGGCUGCCAGCUGCAGACAGUGGAUUGAGUUUGGGGGACAUCUCCAAACUUUUUCCAACYUCUUGGGACUGAGCCAACCCUUAAGUGCCUUCUAGGAGGGAGAAAGGAGGAGGCACGGGCAGGUGUGCUAUAGGCCCAUGUCCUGCUUGGAUGCUCCCUGUUUCCAAGCCCGGUUGAUGGUGCUGGGCACUGAACAAAGGGGACACACCUCCUUGCUUGCAGAGCUGACAUGCUGGCAUAGGUAGGUCAGUGUCUGCCUGGCACACUUAGUACCAGGGUCAGCCUCCACUUGUACUGGUGCCAGGUCCUCUGUCCCGAAGACAGUCCCUUUUCCAAACAGCCCAGCUACCUUUGUAUCUUCCACCUUUCAAGGAAAGGGACACAUCUCCAUGCCAAAGGUCCCAGCCUUUGUCCUCAGAACGGCAGAGCCCAGGCCCUGCUGGAAAUGGUGCUCUAGCUGGUUUGCGCUCCUGAUCAAGGCGUUCUCCUUAAGGGGCGCGUGGCUCGCUCUGUAAUCCCAGCAACUCUGGWGGCUGAGGCAGGAGGAUCGCAAGUUUGAGUCCAACCAGGGUAACUGAAUGAGACUCUAUCUGAAAAUAAAAUUUGAAAAUGGCUGGGGAUGGAGCUCAGUGGUAGAGAAUCCCUGGGUUCAGUCUCCAGUUCUAUAGGAGAAACAAACAAACAAACACUCUCCUUCCAGGCCUAGGUCAAAGAUUUGGGCCCAAAGGACACAAGAAUCCCACUCUGAGGCUGGUUCUCAUUGGACUCAAGGAAUGCUUGGGAAUGGGGUUCCAAGUCUGCUGUCCCCUUAGCCCCUGAGGAUCUUUGGGGGUCAGGACUAUACAGGGUUUGUGUCAUGGCCAUUUGGAAAGCCUCAGGCCUGUUCUGGGCAUA